CUGCCUCCGGGGCUCCUCCUGCUUCUCCGCCUCUUCCGUCCCCUUUCGCCACGCUCUCUGCGUCCGGCGGCAAGGAAGUGUUCAUUUGAAUUUGGGAUCACGCGGUUUGCACGGAAAAGAAGGCAAAGAUGCUCAAGUUGGCUGAUGUAUUUAAUGCCCCAAGUGAUGAUGAAGACUUUUUUGGUUUUGGACCUGAUGUUUCCAUGGAAACAGGAUCUCCGGAGGACAGCUGUGAGAGUUUUGAUUCACCGGAGUCACGAAAAAUGCCUAGAUACCUGACUAAGGAAAUGAGAGAGAUUUUCACAGAAGACAGGGAUGCAGAAAAUGAAGUAUUUGAAGGUUUUUCUUCAAAUAGACAUGCCAUUGGUAGCAAGAAAGAUGUAAAGGCAGAGGAAUCAGAUUUGGAAAAUGACCCUUUGCACCUGAAGGAGGCAGAACAAGGUGAAGAGAACAAAGAUAGAAGAUCCUCCUCUAAGAAGAGAAGCUUUGGCUUUCGUGUAGCUUUGCAAUUUCCAACCAAGAAAUCAGCUGAGAAGAUUUCUUCCAAAUUCUGCUCAAUGGACAAUGAACACUCGCCCUCUUUUAGACAAACAAAAAAUAAUAAAACUUUGAGGAAAGUAGACACUGAAGGAGCAUCGUCUGAGUCGGGGGAAGAUGAUAAAGAGGAACCAGAUGAAAACUCUGAUGCUUUGUUGAAAAGAGCCAUGAAUAUCAAAGAAAAUAAAGCCAUGCUUGCCCAGUUAUUAGCAGAACUGCAUUCUCUACCUGACCUGUGUCCAGUUAAAACUUCUCCCUCAACACCUAAACAGAAAAGAACUCCAAGGAAGAAAUUUUCCGAAGGUCCGAUAGAGCGCCGUAUGAACCCAACAAGAAAUGCUCGCCCGCCAGAGAAAUUUGCUUUGGAAACCUUCACUGCAUCUGCUGUCAGAUUUGCAGAACAGCUUCGUAAUUACAGGCAACAGAACCUCCUAAAUAAAAGAUUGAAAGGGGGUAACAUAGGAGUGCCCAAAAGAAGAAGAUCAUCAAAAUAUGGUUUGUGCCGACCAGUGGAAGACAUAACGGAUGAAGAUUUAGAAAAUGUUGCAAUAACAGUUAAAGAUAAGAUCUAUGAUAAGGUUCUGGGAAGCACAUGCCAUCAGUGUCGACAGAAGACGAUUGAUACAAAGACGAUUUGUCGUAAUGAUGGCUGUGGGGGUGUGAGGGGACAGUUUUGUGGGCCAUGCCUUCGCAAUCGCUAUGGAGAGGAUGUGAAAUCAGCACUUCUAGACCCGGACUGGAUCUGUCCUCCUUGCCGGGACAUCUGCAACUGCAGCUACUGUCGGAAGCGUGAUGGCCGUUGUGCCACAGGGAUGCUCAUCCACUUGGCAAAGUUUUACAGUUAUGAUAAUGUACAAGAGUAUCUUGAAAGCUUGCAAAAGCAACUUGCGGAAGAAGACUGAGAAGAAAACCUGUGUCUUGGUCAACUAUUUUUUUUUACUCUUGUUUAUAUUGCAGGGCGUUUUCUCAGGAAAACAUCCUUUCGAAGUUGUGCUUAGUCUGUGUUCUUUGCCACAGUGUACUGAAGUUUCUUCUGUGAAAUUAUUAUUGAAAUGAUUCGAGAUUAAACCAAUUCCUAUUCCUUUCAGUGGGUUUCUGUACGAGAAAUGCUUGCAGAUGUAUUCUUUAGGAAUAGACACCAGCUACUGCUGAUUAAUAUUGGACAGAAAAAUCAAACAGUUAUACCCAACCAUUUGAUACAACAGCUGUUUUAAAUUAUACUCUCAAGGUUUUAGAAAUUUAAUACUGCAGCAUUGUUUUCUUGCCAGGGAAGUACUGUACUGUACUGUACCAGUACUGUCAGCUCUUAUCAUUUAUAUUUACAGCAACUUGACUGGGGCAAUAAGAUCACUAUUUUAAACACUGGACUAUUUUAACCUAAGGUUUAUUUUGAUAUUUUGUACUAAUCUUUAUAAAGAUUAUUAUUUUGAAAACAUGCAAGUAGUUUAGUCACAGACUGUAAAUUUCAAAUAAAAGAUUGAGGUUUUCCUUA